GUGUAGGCAGCUCUAGGCUUCAUACCACCCACUGGCUCCCCAGGGCGACCAUCUCCAAGAGCUUCUCUCAUAGGCUGCAGCCAUGAUCUCCGUGUCAGAAUGGCAGAAGAUUGGCAUGGGUAUCAUGGGCUUUGGCAUUUUCUUCAUUCUCUUUGGGAUCCUCUUGUACUUUGACUCUGUGCUUCUGGCCUUCGGAAAUAUAUUAUUCCUAUGUGGUCUCUCCUUCAUCAUUGGUUUGAGAAGGACUUUUGGAUUUUUCUUCCAAAGGCAUAAACUGAAGGGGACAAGUUUCUUCCUCGGGGGUGUGAUAAUUGUCCUCAUGCGCUGGCCUCUUUUGGGGAUGGCCCUGGAGACUUAUGGCUUUAUCAACCUUUUCAGGGGUUUUUUCCCAGUUGCUUUUGGAUUCCUAGCUUCUAGUAUCCCAUUUCUCAGUUCGCUGUUCCAGAGGCUCCAAGGCACCAGCUCCAUGGUCUGAUCAGCAGAGAUGGACUCCUUGAACUUGGACUGUUGUACCUGGGGAAGAUUGGACACCGCCCCCACAUGCUUUGCUUGACAAAUUCCAAUCCUCCUUCGGAAUUGGGCUGGAGGAUGAAGCUGAGUGAUUGAAUCUAGUGUUUUCCAGUGUGCUUAAUAUAAACUCUGACAAAAUCUCAGACCCAUGGAAACUCUAAGAGAAAGGAGUGGCUCAGAACAAAGACCCAUGGGGAUCAGACUGCUUUGUAUUUAUGGACAACAAAGAGAAAGACUUUUAAAAUACAUUUCCAGAUUGAAAAGCUGCCUGCCUAAAAA